UCCAGCCACGGUCCCCCGGGGCGGCCCUGGAGAUGCCCGAGGGCCUCCCUUCUGUUGUCCCCAGCGGGACUUAGCUAGACACAGCCACGGGGGUGGCCAUGGGGAGGUGGUGGCCAGCCCCGGCCCUGGUGGUCAUCAAGACUUCGCUGAUCCUGCUGGUACUGCUGGCACCCUCACAGGCCCUGGUGCGAGCCAUACUGGACAGUAACUCCAGCACCAUGGACUUUGCUGAUCUGCCUGCCCUCUUCGGGGUCCCUCUGGCCCCCGAGGGUCUCCGGGGCUACCUGAUGGAGGCCAAGCCAGCCAACGCAUGCCAGCCCAUUGAGAGACCGAGGCUGGGCAACAGCUCGCUGGGCGCCAUUGUCCUGAUCCGCCGCUACGACUGCACGUUCGACUUGAAGGUGCUGCAUGCCCAGCGGGCCGGCUUCGAGGCGGCCAUCGUGCACAAUGUCCGCUCCGAUGACCUGGUGCGCAUGGCCCACGUGUAUGAGGACGUGAGGCGCCAGAUCGCCAUUCCCUCCGUGUUUGUGGGCGAGGCCGCCUCGCAGGACCUGCGGGUCAUUGUGCGCUGUGACAAGACAGCCCACGUGCUCCUGCUGCCCGACUACCCCCAGUGCUCUGAUCUGAACUGCCACCCCGUGCUGGCCGUGUCCUGGGUGCUGGGCCGUGCCCUGGCCCUGCUCACCUCCACUUUCCUCGUCCUGCGCAGCGUGUGGCACUGGGUGUGGGCCUGGUGGCACCGCGGGCCUGCCGCCAAGACGCCCACCCGGCAGAAGGCCCAGGUGCGCACCUUCACCCGACACAGUGACCUGUGUGCCAUCUGUCUAGACGAGUACGAGGAAGGUGACCAGCUCAAGAUCCUGCCCUGCUCCCACACCUACCACUGCAGAUGCAUCGACCCCUGGUUCGCCCAGGCCGCCCGGCGCACCUGCCCCAUGUGCAAGCAGUCCGUGGCUGGCACUGAGGACGGCUCGGAGUCCGCUGUUGAGAGCUUCGGCGAUGAGGAUGCAGCCGUGCCUGGCCGCCAGCCGCCCAUCUGGGCCGUCCAGGCCCGGCUGCGCUCCCGGAGGCUGGAGCUGCUGGCCCGAGCCAGCCCGCGCAGCCACUGCAGUGCCGCGCCCGUGGGGGUGUCCUCAGGGAGGUCCCUGCCACCACGCUGA